AUGAGUGACGCCAACGGGCCUCAAGUCCUCUACAGCUCCGAGCCGGAAACGGUCAAGCAUGACAGCGACUACCCCCAGCUCCACGCAACGACACCACAGCAGGGCCAGGGGUGGCAGGAGCGGCCUCGCACCUUGGAGACGAGCCAUGCGGCGACCUCCCCACCGCUGCUACCGCCACAGCACCAGCGGCACGAGAAGCGCACCGGCCGGCUGCUCCUCGCCGCCGGCUGCCUCCUGCUGGGCAUCAUCAUCGGCGGCGCAGUCGUCGGCGGCGCCCUGGGCUCCGUGCUGGCGGGCCGGCCGCCUGCCGGCGCGGGCGGGACGGCUACGCCAGCCGAAUGCAAGACGGGCGACCCGGGGCGUGUCGGGGGCACGACCACGUCGCCGACCCCAGGCCCGAGCGGUGCGUCAUCGGCUCCGCGGACAGCGGCCACGCUCACCAACUACGAGGCCGCCAACUGGCGCAACAUCAGCACGCUCGCGUUCCCGUGCCCCCGGGAGCAAGGGCAGACGGUCAUCGGCGUGGACGGGACCCGGUUCCGGGUCGAGUGCGGGGUCGACUCGGUAGGGCUCGGGCGUGAGGCUCCGGGUUCCUUCAUGGAGGACCUGCAGUCAGUCAUAGCAUACAGCUUCGAGGACUGCGUCCAGGCGUGCUCGAGCCUCAACAGGGAGGGGGCCAGGGUCCGGCGGGGGCUGCAGAACCCGCCCGUGUUCUGCCGGACCGUGGUGUGGCGCAGCAGGAUGGACGAGCCCAGCUUUUUCGACAAGGGCGGCAACUGCUUCUUGAAGAACGCCACGCGCGCCGCCGGCGAGACCGGGGUGGCUUGCCAGCCGUGGGAUUCGCCGCAGCGAACCCCACCGCCGCUGUCCACCGCCGCCACGGCCGACAUAGUCGUCGGCGGCGUCUUGGUCCUGCCCGCCCUCCUCGGCGCCAAAGAACACGCUGGACCGCACGAGCUGCUGCAACCUGUUGUGCAGGAGCUGCCGGGCCACCCCGGGCCGGGCGUCGUAGCCGAGCUGGACUCUCGGGAGAAGACGGGUGGUCAAGGCCACGUGGACGUGUCUGAGCGGCUCGCGGGAGGAGGUCAAGGGCGGUGA